AUGUCAGCAAACCAGGGUAACAAAGAGAUGGAAAUUAAUUGUUCAUCAGGGAAAGUUUCAAGGAUCAGUUUCUCAUCAUCUCUAUACUCAUCAAGGAUACGGGAAAAAUGGCCUGCUAAACUCUACUAUGAUCAUUACAUCUUGUCUUCUGCGCUGGGUGUUCAGCAAGGUGAUCCCCUCGGUCCCCUUCUUUUUGCGCUGACAUUUCACCCUUUAGUGAAGUCCAUUGCUUCUCGUUGUAAGCUUGAUUUACAUGCCUGGUAUCUUGAUGACAACACUUUUGUUGGUGACACUCUAGAGAUUGCCAAACCCCUGAGUAUCAUAGAAUCUGAAGUACCAAGUAGGGAUUUGCAUCUCAACAUCAAGAAGAUGGAGGUCUUUUGGCCUACACUUGAUCCACGGAGUCUUGAGGAGGGUGUUUUCCCCAAAGACAUCGGGAGGCCUAGCAAAGGUGUUAAGCUUUUGGGAGGACCGGUGAGCUUAGACAUGAAUUUUAUGAGUGAUAUGGUUCUGGGCAGGGUGAACAAGACUAUUCAGCUGAUGUCGGCCAUCAAAAAACUCAGGGACCCUCAGAGUGAGAUGUUAUUACUUCGUAACUAUGUCGGCAUCUCCAGAUUAUAUUUUUCUUUGCAUACCACCAAUCCUGCUGUUAUACAACAAGCCACUGACCUCUUUGAAGAUCACCUACUCAAGUAUUUGAGACUUCUGAUCACGGAAGAUGGAGCUGGUUUCGGUCCUUUGCAACAGAGAUUGGAUACCUUGCCUAUCAAAGACGGUGGCCUCGGCAUAUACACUAUGACGGACACUCGCACCUACUGUUAUCUUGCCUCUCAGAGCCAAACUACCUCGGUGUGGAAGGUGAUACUUGGUAGCUUAUUCCCAACGGUUAAUGGCGUUUCCUACCAGUCGGCUCUUCAGAAAUUUAUUCAGUGUAACCAAAUCAAACACGCUCAAGAUUAUCUUUUGGUUGUCCCUAUCAGUGGGCUAGACCAAUGCAUUGGUCCCCGUCAGUUCAGAGCUGUAGUUUGUUAUCGGCUUGGUAUCCCUUUGUUCGUCGAAGGAGUUCUAUGCUCUUGUUGUAAUAAAUCUAUGGACAUUUUCGGUGAUCAUGCGCUUCAUUGUGCUAAGGAUGUUAGGAUUAAGUUUCGUCAUGAUGUAGUUCGUGAUGCAGUGUUUGAUGUCUGCUACAGGGCAUGUGUUCCUGCGCGCAAAGAAGCGCCCCUGGGUCUUUUAUCAGAUGACAACAAGGAUUUACGCCCUGCGGAUAUCCUUAUGCUCAAUUGGUAA